AUGGAGAUCGAGGCCAGCGGCCCGUGCUCUAGGAAGAGGAAGUUCGCGGGACUGGGUUCGCUCGAGGCGGGGGCGGCUCCAGAAGGACCUACGGCGGGGGACCAGGACCAGGAGCCGCCGCCGCCGCCGCUGCCCGGAGCGGAAGGAGGCGGCAGCGACCGAAUCAGCGACCUCCCCGACGCCGUCCUCGGGGAAAUCAUCUCCCUCCUCCCCACCAAGGAAGGCGCGCGCACCCAGGUCCUCGCCUCCCGGUGGCGCCGCCUCUGGCGCUCCGCCCCUCUCAACCUCCACUGCACUCCGUACCUAUUCCACAAGGAUGCCCUCGACGCCAUCAUAUCGCGCAUCCUCGCCGUCCACCAGGGUCCCGGCCGCCGCUUCUGCGCGCCCGUGUACCAUCUCCACGGCGACCGAGCCGACGCCUGGCUCCGGUCCCCUGCCCUCGACAACCUCCAGGAGCUUGAGCUGUGCAGCUACACGUAUAACUUACCAUUUCCACCGGCAACGCCGCAGCCACUGCCGGCGGCUGCCUUCUGCUUUUCUGACACCCUCCGUGUUGCCACCAUCGGACAGUGCCACCUUGCUGACAGCACCGUCCAAGCGCUUCACUUCCCCAAGCUUCAGAAGCUCGCGCUUAAAAUGGUCAGCAUCUCCGAAUCCUCGCUGCACGCCCUCAUUGCUGCUUGCCCCACUAUGGAGUGCUUGAUGAUUCACAAUAGCACUGGCUUCACUUGUGUCCGAAUCAAUUCCAGUAGCCUUCGAAGCAUAGGUGUGAGAGGUUAUAACAAAUUUAGGGAACUUGUUAUUGAGAAUGCCCCUUCUCUAAAAUGUUUGCUCCAACUUGGUUUCUGUGGUUUCCUGACUAUAUCGGUAAUCUCUGCGCCUAAAAUGGAGACAUUAGGCUACCUUUCUUCUGGUUCUAGUUCCAGGCUCGUGUUUGACAGCACAGUUAUUCAGGGAUUCAAAGUUGAUAGCUUUACAACAACGGUAUGCACUGUCAAGAUCUUAGCUGUUGAAAUGGAUGCUCUUAGUCUGGAUGCUGUUAUUGACUUGAUGAGAUGCUUUCCGUGCUUGGAAAAGCUGUACAUUCAGUCGAGUGGACCAGGGAAACCCAACUUGUGGCGUCGUAAACACCAGAAUCUUAUAAGAUCUCUCGACAUCUGUCUGAAGACAGUUGUUUGGCGGUAUUAUCGGGGCAUCAAGUCACAUGUUGACUUUGCCACAUUCUUUCUACUAAAUGCUAGAGUGCUAGAGUUAAUGACCUUUGAGGUUCUUGACAAAGAUUACAAUGAGGCUUUUUUUGCACAACAACGUGAGAUGCUUCAGGUGGAUAGCAGGGCCUCGAGAGGUGCACGGCUUUGUUUCACAUCGUAUUGGUCUUGGUCUUACUACAAAAUGCUGGAUUCUAGUGUCCAUGAUUUGGAUCUAGCUGAUCCCUUUGAAAGGAGUCAUCCUUUGAAAGCAGAUACCAGCUUUGUGCUUUGUGGUACCUAUUAGUAGCUUGGUUAAGUUUGUAGUAUUACCUUGGAACCUUAUGGAAGUUAAACAUGCUAUUCAUGAUGUUAGUUCUGUUGAAACCAACCUGUGCUGAUGUGCACUUAUUUGAAACCCCUUUUCA